AUGAUUAAGAAAAUCAAAAAUUGCAGAAUGCGGGCGGAGCAAAAGCUAUGCUCUGGACGUACUUGUAGUUUGUGAGAUGCGGAACAUUCAGCUGGCUUGCUCUGGCUAGCUUUCCAGUGCUCUUUCCAUUGCUGCCAGCACGUUUUUGUUUUUUUCUUACGUUUGGUUUGUCAGUUAUAAAUUCGACGGCAACGCUAGCGGCGGCCGCGGCGACUGCGUUCUGCUAAAUAACAAAAGAAAAAAAUAUAUACAGCAACAAGUUUUCAACUGGUGUUGAGAAAGUUCAACAGCUACGCGUGCGUCUCGCUCUCUCACGCUCUCGCUCUCCUCUCUGCGUGUUUGUGUUUGUGCAUGUGUGAGUGUCAAUGUUACUGUGCCUGUGUUGAUUGGGCAUCACAAUUUGGAAAUUAAAAAGAUGAUUUUUCGUGCCGAAUAGGCGCCUUUGGCGUUAUGCCCCAAUUGAUUUGCACUUGCGGCCAAUUCGUAAGGAAUACGACAUCAAAGAGCUAGACUCUCAUGUAAUUGAAGUACACAUAUGUACAUACACAUAGCUUAUACACACAUAUAUAUAUGUAUGUGUGUGUACAAUUAAAAGCUAUUUGCAUGAAUCAUGGAUACUUGCUCAUAAAGGAAUUAAAUUGAAUCUGACUUAAAGCAAAGCGAACCAGCUCAAAGGCCACCCAGCAGCCGUUGGCACUCUCUGGAUAUUACAGUAAUUCUUCCAUUUAAAACUUUAACUUGAAUAUCCUGAGGAUAGUGCGUAUAGACCCAGUCAGUAUGCUGGCUAUAUCAAUCGUGGCUAUGAUGAUUUAGAUAGUUCCUUGCGUUUCGCACAAUACGAGGCCAUGAAUGAUGCUAGAAGCAGUAGGGCAUUGCCGCCCUAUACAGACCAAUGCGAGGGGGACGACGGCGAUGAUGUGUUCAAGGACUGUGCCGACGAUGCCAUAGACGAGAGUGAUGAGCAGGCGCAUCAUAGUCGCUGCCUGCCCGAGUUUCAGUUCUCGAUCGUGGAUUCGGAAUAUGACGAGACGCUGGCGUUUCCCGAUUCCGUGACGAUCCUAUCGACCGUGGGCGAUAAGCCGGUGCUGGUGGAGCGCAAGGAGACUGACGACGAUGAUGAGGAAUUUGACGACGAGAAUAGCGUGCUCCUACGCCAGGAGAUACCCUUCAUCAGCAUCUAUGGGACCAGCGUGAAGUUCAACUCGUUUCAGCGCAAGGUCUUCAUACCGGGUCGCGAGAUUCAUGUGAGAAUCGUGAACACGGAGCGUAGCGUGACGACUCAUCUACUUAAUCCCAACUUAUACACCAUCGAACUCACCCAUGGCCCUUUCAAGUGGACCAUUAAGAGACGCUAUAAGCACUUCAAUUCUCUACAUCAACAACUGAGCUUCUUCCGCACCUCGUUAAAUAUACCAUUUCCGAGUCGAGCGCAUAAGGAGAAGCGCACCACGUUGAAGGCCGUUGCGAGUCAAAUGGCUGAUGAGUCUACUCUAAAGGAUCUGCCCGCCCAUACCAAAGUCAAGCACACCAGCACCCCGAUUGGCAAUAGUGAAAAUCGCACUAACAAUAACAACAACAACCUCAAUAAUAAUAGCCGUGGCGAUGGCGCCGGCAUCGUGGCCACCAUCGUCAGUCCCAGCCACAGCUCGAUUCUGUCAAGCCUCACGCCGCGGCGCAGUCAGAGGACAAAGCACAAGAAAAAGAAAAGGAAACUUCCGCGUUUUCCGAAUCGUCCGGAAAGCUUGAUCACAGUCGAACAUCUUCCGGUGCGGAUCAAGCAGCUGGAGGACUAUCUGUAUAAUUUACUUAACAUUAGUUUAUAUCGAUACCAUCAUGAGACGCUAAACUUUGUGGAGGUAUCCAAUGUGUCAUUCGUCACCGGGCUGGGCAUCAAGGGCAAGGAGGGCGUCAUACUGAAGAGAACGGGCUCGACAAGGCCGGGCCAGGCGGGCUGCAAUUUCUUCGGCUGCUUUCAGCGCAAUUGCUGCGUGAGGUGCAACUACUUCUGCUCGGAUGUGGUCUGCGGCACUUGGCGCAGCCGCUGGUUCUUUGUGAAGGAGACGUGCUUCGGCUACGUCCGGCCCACAGACGGUAGCAUACGUGCUGUCAUCCUGUUCGAUCAGGGCUUCGAUGUCUCCACGGGCAUCUACCAAACGGGCAUGCGCAAAGGCUUGCAGGUGCUCACGAACAGCCGCCACAUUGUGCUCAAGUGCUGGACACGGCGCAAGUGCAAAGAGUGGAUGCAGUACCUCAAGAACACGGCCCACAGCUAUGCCCGCGACUUCACCUGCCCCAAUCCGCACAUGUCCUACGCCCCCAUGCGUGCGAAUACCCAAGCUGUCUGGUAUGUGGAUGGCGCUCAGUAUAUGGCCGCCGUGGCAGAUGGGCUAGAGGCCGCCACUGAGGAGAUAUACAUCGCCGACUGGUGGCUCAGCCCCGAGAUCUAUAUGAAGCGACCCGCCCUGGAUGGCGACUAUUGGCGCUUGGACAAGAUUCUGCUGCGCAAGGCCAAGCAGGGUGUGCGGGUAUUCGUGCUGCUCUACAAGGAAGUCGAAAUGGCACUCGGCAUCAACAGCUACUACAGCAAGUCCACGCUGGCCAAGCAUGAGAAUAUUAAGGUCAUGCGUCAUCCGGAUCACGCACGUGGCGGCAUUCUGCUGUGGGCGCACCACGAGAAGAUAGUUGUGAUAGAUCAGACGUAUGCGUUUAUAGGCGGCAUAGAUCUGUGCUAUGGUCGCUGGGACGAUCGUUCACAUCGGCUGACGGACUUGGGUAGCAUUUCCACGGGCUCCGUUUCGGGCAGUACGCGACGCACGCCCAGCGGAUACUUCAACAGGGAUGAUGAGGACUCAGCCUUCGGCUCGCGCAAAUCCUCGCGCAAUGCGCAUUACGAGACGGCAGGAGCCAAGGAGCCAGCCCCAAGCCAACCCGCUGACGAAGAGCCCAACUUGCCGGACAUGGAGCUGCGAGUGCUUAAGCCGGGGGAUCGGCUGCUCAUUCCAGACAUGCUUUCGGCAGCCUCCAGCGAGGCGGCACUGGAGUGCACGGCGCUAGAGGGCAUGAAGCUGAAUACGCCCGAGAUGGAGCGUAAGAAUAUGCUGGAUCGCUUGAAGAACAAUGCUAUGAAGGGCGCACGCAAGGGCAAGGACUUCAUGCAGCGACUGACCACAAGCGAAGUGACGGAGAGCACAGAGACGGAGCUGGAACCAGCUGCAGCUGGCGUCUAUUGCAUAGAAACCGAUGAAACAGCCAUCAGCAAAGAGGAUCAGGCACAAACUUCCAGCUCAGCAAUGGCAGCAGCAGCUAAGGCUGGAGGUGGAGCUGCAGCUGGCGCUGGGGGCAGCACACAGCUACUCAGCGAGUUUUAUGGCCAGGCGAAGUAUUGGUUCGGCAAGGACUACUCUAAUUUUAUACUCAAGGAUUGGAUGAAUCUGAAUGCGCCCUUUGUGGACAUCAUCGACCGCACCACCACGCCGCGCAUGCCCUGGCAUGAUGUGGGCCUCUGUGUGGUCGGCGCCUCCGCUCGGGAUGUGGCCCGUCACUUCAUACAGCGCUGGAAUGCCAUGAAGCUGGAGAAGCUGCGCGAUAAUGUGCGCUUUCCCUAUCUGAUGCCCAAAAGCUAUCAUCAGAUACGACUCAAUCCGCAGCUGCAGCAGCAGCAGCAGCGGCGACAGCAGCAAGUCACCUGCCAGCUGCUGCGCAGCGCCUCGGCCUGGAGCUGCGGCUUCAUCGAACCGGAUCUGGUCGAGCAGAGCAUACAUGAUGCCUACAUCGAGACAAUUACCAAAGCCCAGCACUACGUCUACAUAGAGAAUCAGUUCUUUAUCACCAUGCAGCUGGGCUUGGGCGUCUCGGGAACCUUCAAUGUAAGAAACCAGAUCGGAGAAACACUCUUCAAACGCAUCGUUCGUGCCCACAAGGAACGCAAACGUUUUCGUGUCUAUGUGAUAAUGCCCUUAUUGCCAGGCUUUGAGGGCGAUGUGGGCGGCAAUACGGGCAUCGCAGUGCGUGCUAUAACCCACUGGAACUAUGCAUCCAUCUCCAGAGGUCGCACUGCAAUUUUGACACGCCUGCAGGAGGCGGGCAUCACACAGCCCGAGAAUUAUAUUUCCUUUCACAGUCUCCGCAAUCAUUCGUAUCUGAAUAAUACGCCGAUUACGGAGCUGAUCUAUGUGCAUUCCAAGCUGCUGAUCGUCGAUGAUCGCGUCGUUAUUUGUGGCUCGGCGAAUAUCAACGAUCGCUCGAUGAUCGGCAAGCGCGAUUCGGAAAUUGCCGCCAUUAUCAUGGAUGAGGAGUACGAGGACGGACGCAUGAAUGGCAAAAAGUAUCCGAGUGGCAUUUUCGCUGGAAGAUUGCGAAAAUACUUGUUCAAAGAGCAUCUGGGCCUAUUGGAUCUGGAUGGCUCGUCGCGCUCUGAUCUGAACAUCAGCGACCCCGUUUGCGAUGAAUUCUGGCACAAUACCUGGCGCCGUAUAUCGACGAGAAAUACGGAGAUCUACGACGAAGUGUUCAAAUGCAUUCCAACAGAUUUCGUGAAGACCUUCGCUAGUCUGCGCAAAUAUCAGGAGGAGCCGCCGCUGUCGAAAACUGAGCCCGAAGUGGCCGCCAAGCGGGCCACGGAAAUUCAGGGUCAUCUGGUUAACCUGCCGCUGGAUUUCCUUAACAAGGAGGUUUUAACGCCGCCCGGGACCAGCAAGGAGGGCCUCAUUCCUACCUCUGUAUGGACAUAGUCUGCCAAAAGUCUUUAAGACGUAAUCUAAUUUAGGGAAAUUAUGUAAACUGGUUGUAAGUACAGUUGCCACCAAAAUGUCGCAUGCGCAUUUUUAGGUUAGUUUUUUAUUUAUGCAACCCACCAAAGUGUGCUCAACCUGAUGAGUUGCUGUUGCCAAGUCAAAGGAAAAAGGAAUUGUACAUAUAUAUUUAUAUAUAGCGUAUUAUAUUGUUUGUGUAGUCGUCUGUCUAUUUGCCUUACAGCUAGUUAAUUUAUUUUGCGGUACAUCAACGUUCCCCUAUUACAAUUAAGUUUUUUUAUGGUUAAUGUUUGUAAUUUUAAAAACAGUAUUCUAGACAAACUAA